AUGAUUAUUGUAUCUGAUAUCGUGACUCUUGAACAACGAGGCAAAUAUCAGGGAAUUCUGGGUGCCUCCCUUGGGCUUGGCAAUGUAAUCGGUCCCUUCAUUGCAGCCGCAUUCGUCAUGAAUUCGACAUGGCGGGCAUUCUUCUGGCUCCUCUCUCCAUUAUCAGUGUGUUCAAUGGUGGUGGGGUAUUUUCUUAUACCAAACAAUGUUCCAAAGUCUAGCUUCAAAAAGAACUUGAAACAGAUUGACUUUUACGGGAUCAUUACGUCGUCCAUCGGGAUCAUCUUUCUGCUCAUCCCUAUAUCUGGUGGUGACUCCUAUUUUCAGUGGGAUUCUCUAAUGGUGAUAAGUAUGCUCGUCAUCGGUGGCUGCUCUCUGAUUGUUUUCAUUUUCAUAGAGUGGAAGGUGGCCACACUUCCCAUGCUCCCCAUAGUUAUGUUCAAAAAUAAAGUGAUAUGUACCCUUUUCCUGCAGAGCUUUCUCCUCGGUGCUGCCUACCAGUCUAACCUCUAUUAUCUGCCACUGUACUACCAAAAUGCUAGAGGAUGGUCUCCAAUCAUCUCUGCAGCGCUAACGACGCCGAUGGUGGCUUGUCAAUCACUAGCGUCUAUCUGCUCUGGGCAAUACAUCUCACGAUGCAAACGAUAUGGCAAGGUGAUCUGGGUAGGUUUCGGUCUUUGGACCAUUGGCGCGGGCUUAAUGGUUCUUUUCGACGAUAGUACCCAUAUUGGAGUAAUCGUCGUAGUCGUCGUCAUAGCAGGCAUAGGCAUCGGCUUCACCUUCCAGCCUACACUGGUGGCCUUCCAAGCCCACUGCACCAAAGCACAUCGGGCAGUUAUAAUAUCAAAUCGCAACUUCUUCCGUUGCCUGGGUGGCGCUUGUGGACUGGCAGUGUCGGCUGCUAUACUGCAGGCAACUCUAAAGUCCAACCUCCCUCACGGCUAUCGACAUCUCGCUCAUUCAACAUAUUCGCCACCGGCUAGAUCUGGCAUUUCGGACGCAGAUUGGUUGCAGAUUGUCGCUGCUUAUGCUAAGGCUUCGAGGGGCGUUUUCAUUCUACAAGUUCCGUUGAUGGGGACUUGCUUUCUUUUGUGUUUCUUUAUCAAAGAUAGAGGGUUGGAAAGACCCAAGGAACCCGGAGAAGAAGGGGACGAGAAGAAGAAGGGGCAGAAUGACGAUGGUUGCAAAGGAAGACUCGACUCCGUCUCACGAAAACAAUCCUCGGAAACGUGCGAGAACAGCAUUGUGACAACGAGUACCCAGUUUGCUCCAAUUGCCAAAAGGCCGGGUCUGCAUGUGACAAGGCCACAUAGCUACACCCGCGCUCUGGAAGAGCGUAUUAAAUAUCUCGAGACACAACUGAAGUCGGGACGAGCGGGCAACAAUGCGAGUGGCAACCGCACAAAUUCAGUUGCUGCGUUCUUGCCCCCUCAGAACCAAGAGACGGUUCAGGGUAGUUCUACGACAGGGAUCGAUCACAACGCUAUCGGAGACCUGGUGGGUUUCCUUGCAUUGAACUCCCUAGAGGCUCCUGCGUAUGUGGGCUCGAGCUCAGGUGUCUCUCUGGCGGCAAAUCUGGGUGAGAUGGUUCAGACAACGGUCUGGGACCAAGUUUUGGCGCCAUCACGAGAGAACUCUCAGACUACUGGGAGCGGACCUAACAUGGAUUCCGGAUCCUUGGGACUUUCCAUCCAACCAUAUAGUACUAGAAAUGCCAGUGACCGACCUCGACCGUCGAGAAUGGAGGAACUACUCGCAAAAGGUGCCGAGCCACCAAAUGACGAGAUGGGGUCGCGAAUCUUGACUACUUAUCUGGCACGGGUGCAUACACGCUAUCCAUUCCUUGACAGGAGAGAGCUGCUGCGGUUGCAUGAGGCUCGCUGGCGACUAACGAAAACGAAACGCGAGGAACUUUCUAAGGCGGAAAAAUUCGGAAUUUUCCAGCUAUACAUAGUGUAUGCGAUUGGAGCGACCUUUCUUCAGCUGAGUGAGCGAUACUCAUACACUCCACCCGAGCGAUUCUAUAUGACCGCCCUCCAACAAGUAUCAGCUAUGUGUGAAGCGCGGUCCAUUGAGAAUAUUAAAGCUAUGACGCUUCUAGUUGUGUACCAUCUUCGCUCUGCAUCUAGUCAGGGAAUGUGGUAUAUGAUAGGACUAGCUAUGCGUACCGCUAUUGAUCUGGGGCUCCAUCGGAAAGCCAAUGAAGCUAACCUUGACCCAUUCACAGCUCAACUACGACGUAGGCUGUUCUGGACUGUGUACUACCUAGAGAGAGUCGUCUCUAUGUCCCUUGGCCGGCCAUUCAGUAUUGCAGAUAGAAAUAUCGACCUUCCUUUACCUUUAGAUGUGGACGACGACGUACGAGAUCCGGCUUUAUUAACUGCGCCUCCACAACCAGAUAGGACAACGACCAUGACUUUCGCCCUAUACCUAAUCCAUAUACGCCGCAUUGACUCCAAAGUACAACAUAAGAUCUAUCGGGCAGACCGACCACUCCAUUCUCUCCGGUCCAAGAUGGACCGUCUAUUCCUCGAGCUCGAGGAGUGGAAACAGUCAGCCUUGCUGCGAUUUAGUGGCCCAGAUCUUGACUAUCCAAUGUUGCAUUACAACCGGGCACUGCGGCUUCUGAUCCAGCCAUUUCUACCAUCGCUUCCUCUCUCUGACCCCUAUUACCAUAUCUGUCUCCGCGCAGCCGGUGAUAUCUGCCAGACUCACAAAAGAUUACACCAGACGCUCGAAUACGGCCACUCAUUCCUAGCGGUCCAAACCGUAUUCAUGGCGGGCAUUACCUUACUGUACUCCCUAUGGACGCACACCAGCGAUGUAUGGUCCGUGCAAAUGAGCAACGACAUCCGGGCUUGUUCCACGGUACUAUUCGUCAUGGGCGAACGAGCAGCAUGGGUCAAGAAGUACCGGGACUCGUUUGAGCUCCUCGUCAACGCAGCAAUGGAGAAACUGGAGGGAAGCGAUGCAGCCAAGAAGGUGGGAAUGGCCGAGUUAAUGACAGCCCAAUAUGGCGGUACCAAUCCUCACAACAUUGCCAGCAUGUCCAAGGAAUACCCACCCACCGGUUUGGGCGUGCCGGUUGUCAAUUCAAUGCCGAUGGACCCGGCAACCCAGGAUCAUGGAGUUCGCAUGGCGUUCCAGCUUGCACCCUGGAUUGACUUGGAGGAAGAUUGCCCGUUCUGGAUGCCUGAUUUUGAGACUCUGGAGAGUUUGUCAGGGAAUCUGUGGAGUGGGGGUGAUUUUGAGCCUUCUGACCUGCUGUGA